UUCAACAUUUCGUGAUGGCUUAUUUGAUAUUCCAGGUUAUAAACUUCCAAAGAAGGGAUCGUACAUCUUUUGGCGGUGGUAUUGCUGCAUUUAUACGAAGUGACAUUCCAGCAAGACGAAGAAAGGAUCUUGAACAUGAACUAAUCGAAAGUAUAUAUCUUGAGAUCCCGCAAGUAAGAACUACAGCUACUAGUAAAAAAUCUUUCAGGUAUGCUGCACCUGCUUUAUGGAAUACUCUACCCGAAAAUUUUAGAAAAUGUUCAAAUUUUGCUCAGUUUAAAAAGUUAAUUUCAUCCUGGAAUGGUAAACAGUGUAAAUGUAUUGCUUGCAGCUAACUUCUAUAUCUUGAUUUACUCCACUUUUUAUUUAUUUUUCUAGGUAUGAAAAUUUUCUUUUGGGUCACAUUUAUCAUUUAGCUUCUUCAGUUUUUUUUUUUUUUCUUGCUUGCUUUAAAUGUGUUUUUGCUAUGCUUCCCUGCUUAUGUUAAUAUUAUCAUUUAGUUUCUAGAUAGGAUGUUGCUUUAUUUUGUGAUCUUUUGUUUUGAUUUUGCUUUUUUGUUUUUGUUGUUUUUUGCUUAUCUUUUCCAGCAUGACUCAAGCUAGCUGUUAAAUGAGUUCAACUAAUGACUUACAUGUUUAAUACCUUCUGUCUUUGUGUAGU